AUGGCCACUCAAAAAAUUUAUGCUUUUGGGUCUAAAAAUAAUUUGGGUCAACGUGUAUGGUUCGGCUCGGGAAAAAGUUUGAAAGGUUUGGGGUGCUGUGCAGAAAAGCCUGUUUGCGUGUGUGUCUUGGGCCCUGAAGUGCCUCGGGUCGAGCGUCUUGAGGGGGGUCAGGAGUACCUCCCCCCCGACUCAGACCGGCCAGUUGCCUUUAGCAUGCCGCAAAAGGGGGCUCGAGCCCGACCACCCAAUGGCAAUAGGGCAUUGGCCUUUCCACGAGACCCCCGACCCGUUGAGAAAGUCGGUCCCUACGAUUUAGUGUUCUGUGUCCUUAUAAAACAAAAAUACAUCUCCUGUGGCAAAAGAGCUGGUGGUUCAGUAACAUCACUGGAUGUUACAGGUUCUACUGCACUUCAUUCUGCUCUUGAUAAUGGUCAUGUGAAGACUGCUAUAACUCUGAUUCAGCACAUGGGAGCUAAUCUUUUUAUUCAAGACGCUCAAGGACGCCUUCCAUUUCAUCUGAUGGCAGAAGAUGGGCAAUUUAUGAUGGAGGAAGCCUUGAACCAUGAUUAUCGUAUCCUUGUGUCACUGAGGGAAAAGGCUCGAAGUAAAGAAGAAAAGCAGACAGCAUCAUGUAUCCUUAUCUUGCUGGCCAUUUUGUAUGUGGAGUUUGAUCUUGAGUCCAGAGGAGUAGUAAGAGAUGACUCAUGGAAAGAAGUAUUUGCCUUUACAGUAUCAUUGAUCGGAGGCAGAAAUAGCAAACUCAAAUAUCAUGCUGAUGAGAUUUCAGAUAAUGAAUGGUUGAGUUGUUUGCUGAGUGACCUAAAAACAAAUUUUUGCAGUGAAAGUAAGCAUGAAAGGGAACUAGGUGAAAUAGGGCAAAAUAGAGAGGGCAUAAGCACAAUGACUGAUAAAGACAUACAAGAAGAUUUUGAAACAGAAGACAUAUAUUUCUUUUCAAUUAUUGAUGUAAUUAAACAAAGACUCUUGGGCACUAGUAAUGAUAAAAGUCAUUUUGAAUUGGAUGCUGAUAUGAAAAGUCUUUUGUUGAAAGCAGCUUAUAUCAGCUGUGAAUCAUGCUUACCCCUUUUUCUUCAUUUACUGUUGAGCAUUGGUGGUCUUCAUCCAGACACUAUUUUAGAUCCUUUGUGUGGAUCAACAGCAUUGCAUUUGACUGCUUGGCGUGGACACUUGGGAUUGUGUGAGUAUCUUCUGAGUUGCCAAGCUAGCAACACUACAUUGGAUCGAGCAUUAAACACUCCAGCCCACCUUGCUUACAUGUUUGGACAUUCUGUGGUUGGUGUUUGUCUUUUAGAUGGUGUCCAGGAUUGGAAGAAUAGGGCAGGGAGAAUACCCACACAACUGUAUGUGAAUUAUAAGAAAUAUGUUUCCUUAUAUGGUCUUGAUAAACUAAUUCCAGUUAAGGUUAAUGAACAAAAUAAUUCUGCUGCACUUAUUAGGGCACAUCUUGAGGAGUUCAAAAAGUGUUGGCCAGAUAUUUCAUUGGCAGUGGAAGAACUUCAUGUUGAUUUUACAAAAGGUGAAGCACAUCAGAUUAAGGAAAGUAUAUACAGGAAUCUUCAGAAACUUCUGAGGAAGGUUGGGGAAAUAGACCCACUUUUUGAGGGUGAAGUUAUUGUACUUGGUAGCAGUGCAGAUAACCUCCGAUUGUUUGCACCAGAUGAAUAUGAUUGUAAUGUUGAAUUAAAAAAUGUCACUGGUUUUCCAGGAGGAGGAUUGAACAUUGAAACUGUACCAGUUCCCCCAUCAGAUGGAUUUAAGGGUCAUAAGAAUUCUUUGAAAGUAUCUCCAACAAACAGAGAAUUAGAGCAACUUUUCAAAGGAUCAAAUUUUGGGGAAACUUUUGCCAAAUAUUUAAUGCAAUCAUUAGAUAACUUUGAUCUCUGUGAUGAUCAAUUAAACCUUUUGCCUCCUACAGUAAGGAAAACACAAGUUGGAGUGAAUAUAUCCUUUUCCUGGGAAGGUGCUGAAUUUCCUUUGCUGUUUAUUAAUGUAGAUUUAGUUCCCACGCUAAAAGCACCCUGGCCCAAAAAUGAACCAAGGCCUCCAUUAACACCUGAAUAUUUAGAUUUGGUGCAUGUAAGUCAGACAGGUGAGAAUGAAUGGCGUUACUCAUUUGCUGUGGCAGAAAAUAUGAUAUUACUUUCCUUGUCUUCUGAUCAGCGCAGGGUAUUUCUGGCUUGCAAGCUCAUGAUGACAAAUCUUAAAACUGAGUCUUGGGCGCCACGUGACUCAAAAGAGCAGUACACAUAUUGGGUUGGUCACAGGUUUAAGAUACCUGCCCCAUCUGGGUUCAUAUUGAAAAGUGCAUUUAUGAAGGAAAUGGAGGAAAUACAGGAUGAAUCCAUGUGGGGGAAAAAUUUUCUUUUUGAGAGAAUGUGCUCAGUCUUUCAGAGAAUGUGUAAAAUAGAUACAGAUCCAAAUAGUGGCAAGAGAAAAUACUAUCAUGCUAAGAUUAGCCCUUAUUUCGGGGGAGAUGUUGAAAAGCCCACUGUAGGUCUUAGUGCUCCGGAGAUUUUAAAUUUUCUAGAAUCAUGGUAAUUCACAAAUCAAUAGUUACCAUGUAUAAAGUCCACUUAACUAGCAUCUAAAAAACAAUCAAACUGUAUUAAAUGCUACCUUUUAGACAAAUGUCAACUCUAUGAAUAUUACAUAGCCAAUGCAU